GGGCACCGCUGGGGACCCGGACCUGUUUAUCGGGAGCACCGUUCAGCUGUAGCAGCAGCUAGUGGAUUUGAUUUAUUCUAAUGUCGAAGCUGCAAACUAACUAAUCUACUAUUGUUCUGGUUUUGAUGUCACGGCGUUGGCUGUGACAGUCCCAGGCUGGUGGAGACUAGAAUGGAGCCUGCGGGCCGGAAGGACAAGCCCAAGCUGAACUCCACCCCGACCCGGGACCGAGCCCGGCACAAGUCGGCCCAGCAGCUGCUCAAGCAGCGGCAGAGAGCAGAGAUCUACGCUCUAAACAAGAUGAUGACGGAGUUGGAGCAGCAGCAGUUCGAGGCGUUCUGCAAGCAGAUGCAGUCUCAAGGAGAAUGACGUCGGACAAACUUCGUCGUCCACCUUUUUUAUGGUCCAUCAUUUGUCGUCCACUAAGAACAUCAUGUGCACAUUCAUUCCCAGAGAUGAACCCAUAAGUUACUAAGGGGGGGGGGGGGGGGGUUAAUGCAGUUUACAACUGUUCAAAGGGUUGUAGACAUCUUUUUUUUUUAAGUAUUUUGGUGAAGAAAUAAGAAACUAGAAAAAGAUGAGUGGAAUGUCGUGUGGGCAUAUUCUGACUUCCAUUUGUCCUGUAAUGUGUACUGUUACAUUUCCAGCAGGAGAGGAGAACAGUAGGGCUGUCACGGCCACUUCCUCACCUGCUUGCGUUCUAUAUUCAGUCACUUUUGAAAACUGUCACGGUCCUCAUUUAGAAACCUGAUAUGAAAUAAUUGUCCUUGAGCAGCACUAUUUCUCAUUGUGUAUUUCAUUUAUUUUUCCAGCUUUGUUCUAGUCGUAACCAGUUGUGGUAGCAGAGCAGCAGAUGCUCACACACUAAGAGAUCUUUUGCAAUACAGGACUGUCUCAGAAAAUUAGAAUAUUGUGAUAAAGUUCUUUAUUUUCUGUAAUGCAAUUUAAAAAAAAAAUAAAUAAAUAAAUAAAUGUCAUCCAUUCUAGAUUAAUUACAAAUCAACUGAAAUAUUGCAAGCCUUUCAUUAUUUUAAUAUUGCUGAUCAUGGCUUACAGUUUAAGAUUAAGAUUUCCAGAAUAUUCUAAUGUUUUGAGAUAGGAUAUUUGAGUUUUCUUAAGCUGUAAACCAUGAUCAGCAAUAUUAAAAUAAUAAAAAGGCUUGCAACAUUUCAGUCAAUUUGUAAUGAAUCCAGAAUGGAUGACAUUUUUGUUUUUGUAAUUUCAUUACAGAAAAUCACAAUAUUCUAAUUUUCUGAGACAGUCCUGUAUGGGAAACUGUAACUGUAACUAAACUGUAACUAUGCAACAGCACUGAUUCUGUCCCGGUCAGCAGUCGUCUGACCAGAGCCAACCACCUUUUUCAUUUCACCUUCUGAAAGACGGCAAUGACAUUUGUUACCUGCUUUGAUUUUUCUAAGUAUGUUUUACUGAAAAGAUAAUAAAACAACUGUUUCACAUGA